AUGAAAACUGGAAAACAAAUUCUAGGUGAAGAUAUUGAAAAGCUUUAAUUAAUCUAAAAGAAAAUUAAUGAUUCUAACUUAUGGAAAAACCCUAAAAUUGAAUCUAAUCUUUAAGAUAUAAAUAAUAGAAUUCAACUCAUACUUUAAAUUUUAGAUAAUGAAAACAAAACAGAACAAUAAUACUAAUAAAUGAGAAAUAAAAUUUUAAAUGAUAAUCAAAAAUAGGUUCUUGAAAAUCUAGAUUCAGAUACACUUUAUUCAUAUAAUCUAGAAUCGUUGAAAGGCAAACCUGUUUAAGAUUAAAGAUAAUAUAAUUAGUAAGACAUUACAAUUAAUGAAUAACAUGAUUAAAAUCCACCAUAAUCUUAAUUUUCAUAGCAAUAAAAUUAUAAUCAGAAGGAAAGUAAUGAAAAUGAUAAAAAUGGUUUUAAAACUAAUUCUGUCUUUUUUAAUUAAAACCAAUAAAUAAUUGAUGACUCAUGUAACUCUUCUAUUAAAAAAUUUGACUAGCAAAAAAUCUAAUGUAGAUAGGAUUAAGAAAAAUAAACAAAUAAAGAUAAAAUGGAAUUAGAAUAAGUGGAAAAUUCUAAUAAUAAUAAAAAAAUCAGCGAUAAGAUUUAAAAUUAAAAUAACCAAGUAAAAAGAAAAUAUGAAUAUAAAGUGGAUAAGGAAAUAUACAUAAAAAUGAAAGAUGACAUGUAUUAAUUUAAAAUGAAUAUUGUUGAUCUACCUUUGAAUUAAGAAGAUGGUAGCAUAAGCUAAUGUCCAAUUUGCUAAGAAUAAUGUUUUUCUGAUAGUGAUAUCUAAGAUAAAUAUGUUGUAUCAUUAAGUUGCUUUCAUCAAUACCAUUAUGUUUGUUUGUAACCUCUAUUGAAUAAAAAUUUUGUAAAAUGUCCAAUUUGUAAUUAAAUAUUUGGUUAAUUGACAGGUGAUUAGCCAAAUGGAAUUAUGGAAAUAAAAACAAUAAGAAGAAAUUGUGUAGGUUAUAAUUGUGAUACUAUUUAAAUUACAUAUAUAUUUUAAAAUGGAAAGAAAAAUGGUAAAUAUUAUUCAGGAACAACAAGAUAUGCUUAUUUACCUAAUAAUGAGGAAGGUUAAAAAGUGUUAAAAUUAUUAAAAAAAGCAUUUGAUUAAAAGUUAAUAUUUACUAUAGGGACAUCAUUAACAACAGGAUAAGAAAACUGCGUAGUUUGGAAUGGGAUUCAUCAUAAAACAAGUUUAGAUGGUGGUCCAUAAAGAUAUGGGUAUCCAGAUCCUACAUAUUUUGAUAGAGUGAGAGAUGAGUUGAAAUAGAAAGGUAUUGUUUGAAUUAAG